AUGACCUCCACCGCAACCCCGUCCAAAGACUUUUCCGUCGCCAUCGUCGGAGGCGGCAUUGGCGGCCUCACCCUCGCCAUCGGCUUGCACGAUCGAGGCGUGCCCGUACGCAUCUUCGAGAGCGCCUCCAAGUUCUCCGAGAUCGGCGCCGGAAUUGCUGUUGCACCAAACGCCCAACGAGUACUCCAGCAUCUCAACCUGUAUGACGACUUUCUCAAGAUCGCCGACUUUCAAUCGCGCAACCUCUUCUUCCAAUGGCGUCUCGCCGAGCCCGAGGAGCAGACGUUGCUCUCCGAGACCGUGUGCAAAGAGUACGGCAUGGCCAGCAUCCACCGUGCCGAGUGGCUCGAUACGUUUAUCAAAAAGGUCCCUCGCGAGAUCUGCCAGUUUGGCAAGCGUCUCAAGACGGUACACCACCCGCCCGCCGAUGCACCGGACGCCAAGGUCAAGAUUGAUUUCGAGGACGGCACCUCGCACGAGGCGGACCUGGUCAUCGGGUGCGAUGGCAUCCACAGCCGUGUUCGCGGUGCGCUCGACGCUGCCACCGCCGGGCCGUCUGCCGUCGCUGGCUCGGACGCCCUUGUGUGGAGCGGCACCUGGGCCUACCGUGGUCUCAUCCCCCGCGAACGCUUCGUAGAUGCUCUGGGUAAGGAAAAGGGCGAGUUCUACGCAGACACAGCCCAGAUGAUGCUCGCCAAGGACUCUCACAUCUUGAUCUUCCCCGUCCAAGGCGGCAAGACGGUCAACCUGGUCGCCUUCAAAACCGACCGCUCGCAGUGGCCCAAACGCACCCCAUUCCCCAAAGGCAAGCCCUGGAUCCAGGAGACCUCGCAACAGGCGCUGCUCGACGACUUCUCCACCUACAGCUCGGAUAACAUCAAGAUGCUCAAGUGCAUCGACAAACCCAGCAAGUGGGCGCUCCACCAGGUCGUCCCCUCGCUCACCUCGUACAUCAACGGUCGCGUCAUCGUUUCCGGAGAUGCAGCGCACGGCGGCGUUCCGCACCAGGGAGCCAUGGCAGGCCAGGCGAUCGAAGACGCCCUCUUCCUCUCGCGGCUGCUCAGCCACCCCAAGGUGACCAAUGCCAAUCUGGUCAAGGCGCUGCAGGUGUACGAUGUGAUCCGCGUGCCCCGCGCGAAUCGCGUGCUCGAGACCAGUCUCGAGGCCGGCGACACGUACGAGUUCCGCGGCGUCGGCGCCGACGACAAUCAGGUGCUGGGCCAGCAUCUCGUCGAGAGGUUCGAUCACGUCUGGGACUACGAUCUGGACGCCGAGAACGAGCAGAUGAACAAGUGGAUUGAGGAGAAUCUCUGA